AAAAUUAUGAACAUUAAAAAGGCUAUAUAUACUCUAAUUUAUAAUUAUAAAAUCUGCUGUCAUUUACAUAAUUUUGAGAUGAGCUUUACCUCCAAAACCCAACAACUCAUAGAUCUUCUCAGUUCUUGUUCUUCUCUAAAACAUGUUUACCAAAUUCAUACUCAACUCGUAAUCUCAGGACUAUCUCAACAAAAUUGCAUCCUUCUCAAAAUUGUCAACUAUUUUGCUUCUCAUACUCCAAUAAACUCAUCUUCUUACGUCGCUCUUGUCAUCAAACAAUCCCAAAAUUCAUCUAAUUCUUGGUGGAAUAUCCUCAUUAGGAAUUAUGCUAAACAUAGUGAAGCCAUUCGAUUUUUUGUUGAAAUGCGGCGUUCUGGAGUUGUUUCUGAUGAAUUCACAUACCCUUUUCUCUUCAAAGCUUGUUCGUCUUUUAUGGGUUUGAAAGAAGGAAAACAGAUUCAUUGCGAUGUCAUCAAGAUGGGUAUUUGUAAAAAUGUGUAUGUACAGAACACUUUGAUUUAUUUUUAUGGGUCUUGCAAGAAGAUUAUGGAUGCAUACAAGGUGUUUGAUGUAAUGCCGCUUAGAACUGUUGUUUCUUGGAAUUCGAUAAUUUCGGCUUGUGUUGAAAGCUGUUGGUAUUAUGAUGCGAUUGAGAUUUUUCGUUUGAUGAGAAAAUGUGGGGUUCGACCGGAUGAGACAACGAUGGUGAUUUUGCUUUCUGUUUGUGCUGAGUUGGGUGAUUUGAGUUUAGGGAAAUGGAUUCAUUGUCAAGUGAUUGAGCAAGGGAUGUAUGUAAAUUGUCAAUUGGGAACUUCUCUUGUUGACAUGUAUGCUAAAUGUGGAGCAGUCGAUUAUGCUCGUUUGAUCUUCGAUAGGAUAGGUGAAAGAAAUGUGUGGACAUGGAGUGCAAUGAUUCUUGGAUUAGCUCAGCAUGGAUUUGCUGCACAAGCCUUGGAACUCUUUUGUAAAAUGAAGGAUUGUUCUGUGAAGCCUAAUUAUGUGUCCUUUCUUGGUGUGCUUUGUGCUUGUAGCCAUGUUGGGAUGGUGGAAGAAGGGUAUCGUUUGUUUCAAGAGAUGGAAACUCUCCAUAGCAUCAAACCUGUGAUGGCACAUUAUGGUGCCAUGGUAGAUAUCUUGAGUCGUGCUGGUCGUCUAGAAGAAGCACACAAUUUCAUACUUGACAUGCCCAUUGAGGCUGAUGCAGUCAUAUGGAGGACAUUGCUCAGUGCAUGCCACAUUCAUGAUAUUAGCGACGAUACUGGAGUGGGAGAGAAGGUCAGAAAGAGGUUACUUGAAUUGGAGCCUAAAAGGAGUGGGAAUUUGGUCAUGUUAGCAAAUCAGUAUGCUGAAACUGGAUUAUGGGACAAAGCAGCAACACUGAGAAGAGGAAUGAAAGAGAGACGACUUAAGAAGAUCGCUGGAGAAAGCUGUGUGUCAAUUUUUCAGAAUCGAUAGAGGUUUGUUAUUGAGUUCCAACGUGCACGAUGUUAGAA